CGACGAAAGUCGAGCAGUCGACUUCGACUAGUCGAUACGUCUAACCGAUUAUCCGUAUCGUACCGGCAAGCGAAAGGGGACUCUUUGAAGAAUGUAUUCCUUACUUACGAGGAAGGAAGCUGCUCAUGAAGAGAGUAUUUGGAGUGUGGCUUGGGGUCGGAUGAAAAAGAAGAGACCUGAAAAUGAAGAUGGAAAUGAAAGCGAAGAAGUAAUGAAUGGUGACGAUAUAAGUGAUGAAGUCAUCGACUAUAUUGUGUCUGGUGGAGCCGAUGAUUUGGUAAAGACGUGGACAAUCAAAGAUGACAGCUUCAAGGAGAAACAUCAGCUGGAAGGUCACUCACUGGGCGUGGUGUCUGUGGCUGUAAACUCAGAUUCCACACUGAUUGCGUCUAGUUCGCUAGACUCGUCGCUGCGGCUGUGGAACGCUAGUACAGGACACAAGAUGGCCAUGAUGGAGACAGGCCCAGCUGACGUGUGGACAGUUUGCUUCUCCCCGGAUGACAAGUUCAUCAUCUCAGGCAGUCACGCAGGCAAGAUACACAUGUACAGUGUGGAGACAAACAAACAGGAGCGGACUCUGGACACAAGGGGGAAGUUUACGCUGAGUAUUGCCUAUAGUCCAGAUGGGAAGUACAUAGCAUCAGGAGCCAUUGACGGGAUCAUUAACAUCUUCGAUGUAGCGUCAGGCAAGCUGGUUCACACAUUGGAAGGUCACGCAAUGCCUAUCAGGUCUCUCACAUUCUCUCCCGACUCUCAACUGCUGCUGACGGCCUCUGACGAUGGUCAUAUGAAGCUUUACGAUGUACAACACGCUGAUGUGGCAGGUACGUUGUCUGGCCACGCCUCAUGGGUGCUCAGUGUCGCAUUCUCACCAGAUAACAAGUCGUUUGUCUCGGGCAGUGCUGACCACUCUGUCAAGGUUUGGGAGUUGGCGUCUCGCCGAUGUGUCCACACCUUUAGUGACCACACUGAUCAGGUGUGGGGCGUCAGGUUCAAUCCAGACUCUAACAGAAUUGUAUCUGUGUCAGAAGAUAGAAAUAUAAACAUUUACGGCUGUCCUCCGCCAUAACUUUGGCUAUUUGGCUCAUUUUUAAAACCCUUAAAAUUUUUAUUUAUUUGUUACCAAGAUAGUAUUGUUGCUAAAGGGGUAAAACAAGCACACCCUUUAAAAAAAAUCAGCUUAAUCUUUUUCAGAAACAUGAUUGCAUAUGCUACUUGGUAUUUGUACAUUUAUAUAUUUUUAAUAUUUUUAUUGUAUUCUAUCAUCUUAAGAAUGUAAAUAAAUAUUUUGACAAAGAA